AUGCAAUCUUCGCCCCGCGCUCAUGCGUCCCCGUCUGUUUCGGGCUCGACGCCUAGCUCUCUGAACGAUUUGUUCAUUCCCCCCUCGCCUGUGCCCGACCGGUCCCGGAAAAGCGCGCGCCUGGCGUCCCAGGAUGCUGGAUCCGUCCGCACCUUCCUCGCGGCCCGCGGCGUCGUGCCAGGGACACUACAGGCAGCGAUCCUCUGUACCUGUGUGCUGAAGCAAAAGGACACUACAGGCAGCGAUCCUCUGUACCUGUGUGCUGUAGCACAAGGACACUACAGGCAGCGAUCCUCUGUACCUGUGUGCUGUAGCACAGGGACACUACAGGCAGCGAUCCUCUGUACCUGUGUGCUGAAGCACAAGGACACUACAGGCAGCGAUCCUCUGUACCUGUGUGCUGUAGCACAGGGACACUACAGGCAGCGAUCCUCUGUACCUGUGUGCUGA